AUGUCCCAAACUCCAUCUAAAAUCCUCAUUGUUGGCGCAGGCGUACUCGGCCUCAGCACCGCAUUGGCCCUUGUCCAGCGUCCUAAAUAUUCCCAGUCCAACAUCACUGUCUUGGACGCUGCAUCUGAGAUCCCCAACAGCGUCGCAGCGUCCGUGGAUACGAGCCGCGUAUUGCGCGCCGACUACGCUCUGAAAGCGUACACGAAACUCGUCUCUGAGUCACAGACACUGUGGGGAGACCAGUCCGUCGAUGGCUGGGGCGGAGAGGGACGAUACCACGACGCAAAACUACCAGGCACUCAGGGCCAUGUGGAUGGCUAUCUGGAAGAGAGUCUGGAGAACGCCAAAGACCUGGCCAGGUCCGGAGACUACGCAGUCGACCUCCGGGGCCUGCGCGAACUGCCGCAUCGAGAAGCCAUCGCACAUGCUACCCUCACCGGCGGAGCCAGUGGCGACUUUGGCUACUACAAUGAACGAUGUGGCUGGGCAGAUGCUGAGAAGUGUGUGCGAUAUGCGAUCAGAACUCUGCAGCGCCGGGGUGGAGAUCGGGUUAGCAUCAAGACCAACGCCGGAGUACGCAAACUGCUUUAUGCGCCAGCUGACGGGGCUGAAUCCACCCGAUGUACCGGCAUCGAGCUACACGAUGGUUCUCAUGUCUUCGCAGACCUGGUAAUUCUUGCGGCCGGUGCAUGGACACCGUCUCUCGUCGAUCUUGAAGGGAGAGCAGCGGCCACUGGCCAGGUUCUCGCAUACUUACCUAUAACUGAGCAUGAGCAAAGAACCAUGGGGUCUGUGCCUAUUUAUUUCAACGUCAGCCGCGGAAUGUUUAUGGUGCCUCCGCAUAACAGGGAGCUUAAGGUAGGCCGGCAUGGCUUUGGAUAUCAAAACCCCAUGAAGGUGUCCAUCCCAAUUCCAAACCCGGGAGGAGACCUUCAAUUCGUCGAGAAGAUGGUCAGCGUGCCACGAACUGACCUCCCCAUCCCACUCGAGGCAGAAAAGGCCUGCAAAGAAUUUCUAGUCGAAUUGUUCCCGGAUUGGAGGAAUCGGCAAUUCUCCAAAACGCGCGUCUGCUGGUAUUGCGAUACACCGACCGGUGAUUUUAUCAUUGAUUACUAUCCUCGAGCUACCGGACUGUUUCUUGCUACCGGCGACAGUGGGCAUGCUUUCAAAAUACUCCCGAUUAUUGGAGAGAAGGUGGUGGAUGCCAUUGAUGGCAACCUCGAGCCGGAAUAUCGGGAGCUAUGGAAAUGGAAGACUAAUGCACCAGGAACCUUUCAGGGAACGAAUGAUGGCACAAGGGGAGGCAGAAGGGAUAUGAUUCUGCAAACUGAGGCCCGGACUCCAACCCAGCCCCGGGAGACUCAUCUAUAG